AUGUCAGCGGAACUUAAUAGUGUGCCUUCAGCUCAGUCUCGUAGGCCCCCACAAGCCGCAAGCCUAGAUAAGAAAUACAACAUUCGGCCCUUCAAGCACGUUCACCAACCCAGCGAACAGAUCGACUACGCAAACUUGGACGCAAUUGAUUUGUCCACAUUUGAAUGGGGAGACUCGGAUGAAGCCAAGAAAUCGCGACAGAGACUGGCCAGACAGCUGGACCAUAGCGUUCGUACCCACGGCUUUUUUUAUCUGGUCAACCACGGCGUUGACGAAGGGAUAAUUUCUCAUUUGGACUCGAUUUCGCAGUCUAUAUUUGAAGUUUCUAAUGAGAUAAAGGCUCAACAUCUAGCUGGAAGUUUGUCUUCAGACCUAGACACAGAUUCGGUUGGCGCGGAACGGGGCCCUGGUUUCAAGCCCAGACAGUACUGGAACAUGGCAAAUGGUGUGAAAGAUAACAUUGAGUUUUAUAAUUUCACCCAGAUUCAACACCAAGAUAAAAUGUGGGAGCAAAAUCAUCCUCAAAUCGUUAAAGACUAUCUUAACGAGAUAGCCAACUACUAUCAGUUUCUACAUUUCGUGGUCUUGAAACAAUUGACAAUUCUUUGUGAUAUAAUUUUGGAGCUUCCUGAAGGAACGUGGUAUGAAAACUACUUUCAAGUUAGUCAAGGGGAUAUCAGCGGCUCCGGUGGAGGGUUUGGUCGUCUUAUGAUGUACUAUGGCCACAGCGACGAGGAUAAUGAAAAAACUAACAAUACGUGGCUUCGUGGACACAGCGAUUCUGCUGGCUUUACAUUUAUCGCAAGUCAGCCCAUGGUGUCUCUCCAGAUUCUCGACUAUAGAACAAGGGAAUGGAGAUACGUGAAACACGUGCCUGGUGCCCUAGUCGUCAACAUUGGAGAUGCUGUGGAGUUUAUGACUGGAGGGUACUUUAAAAGUACGAUUCACCGAGUAGUGAAUCCUCCCAAGUCACAACAGGGCCAUGUCAGGCACAGUAUUAUCUAUUUUAGCAAGCCCUCGUGGGUCACUGUCAUAGACCCUGACGAAAUCGACUCUCCUCUCCUGCACCGGCUCGGUGUCUCCAAGCCCAGGGAAUGGGAAAAGAUAACAUACUAUGAUUGGGAUCUUGAAAAGGGGCGUCUUUUUGGUAAAUCCAAGGUGAACGAUAAACCCGGUGAUGCACCAGAGCCAGUAUAUAUCCACGGCCGUCUUUCUGAACGGUGGAUACGAGAUUUAUCUGUUUGA